AUGCUGCGGCCGGCGUCGCACGGCCGCUCGGCGCAGGCGGCCUGCUCGGAGCUCACGGCCAGCGCCGAGGCGCUGUCGUGGGAGCUCCUGCGCCAGCCCUACGGCGGCCGGAGCGCGGGCCACUCGGAGGACAAGGAGCACCGCGAGGUGCACGGUUCCUCCAGCGGGCUGGUGGCAGGCAGCGCCGGCGGCGGCCGCGAGGAGAGCACGCCCUGCGACGGCGGCCACGGGGGCGAUCCCUGGCUCCAGCGGGGCGUCGGAGGGCAGCCCAGCAGGACGAUCCACGACGGCGGCCGCGGCGCGGACGAGCAAGACCUCUUGUCGCCGACGUCGCCGCCCACGGCCAGGUCGGCCGCCAGCAGCCCCGACGCGCCGUGCGCCGAGCACGCGCCCCGCCGCGUCCGCAGCCGCGAGGACGCAGAGCGCGCCAAAGCCGACAGGGUCAAGUGGAAUAUGGACACGUCGGCGAACAUGCAGGCUUUCGGCAAGCGAAGCUCCCUCGGGACGUCCACUGACCGGCUCCAGAGCAGCCCUUUCGCCUUCAGGACCCGGAUACUGCGGGGUACGAUCGCCAGCGCGAGAUUUGAGAUCUUCGUCGCCGUGUUGGUGAUCAUCAAUUGUUUUCUCAUGGUGGCCCAGGAGGAGGUCGAAGGCAUUCAAGAGGGCGCCCGACUCGGCUACUAUACGCACUACGGUAGCGAUGAGUACAUGAAGAGCUGGUGGCCUCAACUUCGACAGGUCUUCUUCGCCAUUGAGUGCGUCUUUGCUGCAUUGUUCACCAUCGAGGUGAGCUUCAUGAUGGUGUAUGAUAUCUGGACUCUGAAGUUGGGCAUCCCGUGCGAGUUCAGAGAGCCAUUCUGGACACAGCCUAUGGAGGUUCUGGACGCCAUUCGCGUGGGGCCUUCGGAUUUGGGCAUCCAACGCGAUCUUGGUCGCCAACUUGAGCGGGCCCCUGUCCAGGCUGAGGUUCGUGCGCACCCUGCGCCUGCUGCGGCUGGGGCGCCUCGUCCGCGCGAUCAGGCAGUUUCACUUCCUGGACCCUCUCCACCUCAUGGCCACUGCGCUCAAGGGGAGUCUUGGGGCGAUGCUGUUCUCGUCUCUGACGUUCUUUGGGAUUCUCACAGUGUUCGCCACGGUGUUCUCUACUCUCGUCCGGUGGGAGUACCUGCACGAAAAUUCCGCACUCCCACACAACACCAAAAUCCAAUUGUAUCAGUAUUUCGGCACCUACACUCGGUCGAUGGUGUCCAUGUCGGAGCUUGCCCUGGCGAAUUGGCCUACGAUCUGCCGUUUCCUUUCCGAAGACGUUCACGAAUUGUUCAAUAUAUUCUGCGUUGUCUUCAAGUGGGUAAUUGGAUUCGCAGUAGUCGCAGUGCUCAAUGGGCACGCUGGCGGAUCUUUAUCCAGGAGACCCUGAGUGCUGCAGCCAACGACGAGUUCAUCAUGGUGAGGGCCAGGGUGAGGCAGAAUGUGCAGCAAGCGAAAAAGAUCACGCGCCUCUUCAAGUUUGCGGACUCAGACGGAGAUGGCGUGCUGACGAAGGAAGAGUUCGAUGAUGUGGUCAGCAAGCCAGCAAUCCGUACAUGGCUCGAGGCCAUGGAGUUACGCUUUGCUGACGCCAGCAUGCUUUUCGAUAUGAUCGCGGGUAAAGGGCAGCACGAGGUAAGUUCGGAGGAUUUCAUACAGGGUAUCGGGCGCCUCAAGGGGCCUGCCCGAAACCUGGAUGUUGUGAAGGUGCUCGACCUGCUCACUCAGGGCCAGCACCAGAUCACUCAGGAACAGAAGAAGAACCUUGAAGCAGUAACGCUCGCAAUCAGGCGCCACUCAAUCUCAAUGAACGGCUCGAUCCCCACUGGGAGGGGAAGCAGCGGUGAGUGGGAAUCUACGCAGGAGAUCUGA